CCCUCACGAUGCAGCACCGCUCCCCCAGCUCCCUCCAGGCCAGCGACGCCUAAUCUGCGCCCCCUGGCUUUGGCGACGGCCAUGGGCUUCGCCGCUCCCGGCGCAUUGGGGCUCUCAGAGAGCCUCGCAUAUCGCGCCAGCUCACCACUAGCACGCUCCCCCGGCUUCCUCCUCCUGUGCCUCUCAACCUCCUCUCUCCUCGCCGCCGCCUCUGCUACACGCGCCUACAAUCCCCACGCCUGGAGCACCUCAUCCGCACCAACUUGCCCCGUAAGCCGCCCUUUCAGCUCCACCUGCCAUGCCUCAAGCACUGCGCCGACCUAUACCUACCGCAUCGCCGCCUCCUACUCCGCAAAGGGGCACCGCCUCGCCCCCGAAACAAACCUCUUCACCCAGAAGCCCUUCGAAGGCCAUAAGAGCGCCCUUACCGACCUGAAAGAAUGCAAGCGCCAGGCAGACGCCUCACGCCCGCGGCCGCGGAGCGGGCAAGACGCCUUCUUCGUGAGCCAAGUCGGGGCGACCUCCUCGACCGUCUUCGGUGUCGCGGACGGCGUGGGCGGGUGGGCGGACUCCGGGGUCGAUCCCGCCGACUUCGCCCACGGGCUCUGCGACUACAUGGCGUGCGCUGCGCGGAUGCACCCGGCGGCGUCGACGAAGCCGGGGCCGCUGCGACCCAAGGAUCUCCUGCAAGUGGGCUUCGACGAGGUCAUGGCGGACAAGAGCAUUGUGGGCGGCGGCAGCACGGCGAGCGUGGCGCUGGGUGCGGCGGACGGCUCGGUCGAGGUUGCGAAUUUGGGGGAUUCGGGCUUCAUGCAUUUGAGCAUGCAUGCUGUGAAGCACGUGUCGCGUCCGCAGACCCACGCUUUCAAUACCCCGUACCAGCUUUCCAAGACGCCGGAGCGCAUGCUGGUGCAGAUGGCCGUGUUUGGCUCCAGCCCGCUGGCUGACUUGCCGAAGGAUGCGAAUAUAACAUCCCACCGCGUCCGUCAUGGCGACGUGCUCAUCUUCGCAACGGAUGGCGUGUGGGAUAAUCUAAGCCCACAGGACGCUCUCGGAGUCGUCAGCAAGUGCAUGUUGGAGCUCGGGGCGUGGGUCGAAAAGGGGGACCAGGAGCUAGACGUCAGCGAAGACCUGGCGACGCUCACGCAAGCAAACAAGGCCACCCAGAAGGCGAAUGCCAAAUCCCUCCAAGCGAGGCUCGCUUUCGCUAUCACCAAGGAAGCGAAGGAGACGAGCUUGAACACCAGGCGGGAUGGUCCGUUCGCCAAGGAGGUGCAGAAGUAUUACCCUGAAGAGAACUGGCAUGGUGGCAAGCCAGAUGAUAUUGCAGCCGUAGUGGCUGUCGUGGUUGAGAACAGCACGGCGUAGACCGCUGUAUUUGUUUCUCUCUGUGUAAGAGCUAUUUGUAUCAAUUCGCGAAGCAUGAGCCGGGUGGCAUUGGAAUCAACUUUUGGGUGGCCUUUUUUCAAUUCAUUAAACUCGUACAUAUACAGUCUAGAAGGGCAAUUGGGUAAAGGAAUCAAAUAUUUAUAACUCUUACGCUAUCUCCAUCUGUCUCAGACCCACGAGAACAGACGACGUCCCUUCUCAGCGUGGUGAGCUUCAUUACACCGUCCCGGCGCUCUAUUCUCCCUCUAUUUCAGCUUGUUAUGUCCAGCACACCCUAUAUUAGGCGAGGGAAAUAGGCCAAGUUAUAAGGCAUCGAGAUGUAUAAACGGGAGUCAGUCCGCGCGAUCUGCAC